AUGGCGCCGGCCGAGCAGUGCCCGCUUUGGAGGCACCGUGUGGGAGAUGCGGGGCUGCGGAUUUGCGAGGGCGACUCCAAGGACUGCGCCGCCGACCACCGGGGUCACGGCACACGCCUGGCCGGGCUAGUGGGCGGACACAGAUACGGUGUAGCCAAGCACAGCACAAUUCACGCUGUGAAGGUCUUGGACGACCAGGGCCGGGGGCGUCUCUGGCAGCUGCUGCAGGCCUUGGACUGGCUGCUGGUGAACGCGGAGAGGCCGGCGGUGGCGGUGCUCAGCGCCUGGACGCAUGGCCAGCUCAGCGCGCUGCGCUGCGGCCUCGAGCAGGCCAGCGCUGCGGGCAUCACCGUGGUGGUGGCGGCCGGCGACUUUGGGCUCUCCGCCUGCGAGUACACCCCCAGCUACCUCAAAGAGGCGCUGGUGGUGGGAGCCACCACCAGGAAUGAUACCCGGGCCAACUUCAGUAGCACCGGCAGUUGUAUAGACUUAAUGGCGCCGGGGGAGGACAUCCUGACUUGUGGCAUCAGCUCCGACGGCGCGGAGGUGCGCUUCAGCGGCUCCGGGGCCGCGGCGGCGCACGCGGCGGGCGCCGCGGCGCUGCUCCUGGCGGAGAAGCCAGACCUGGCACCUGGGGAGGUCAUGCAGACCCUGCUGGACACCAGCACCGUUGGGCGCCUCUCCCAGUUGGAGGACUCCCCCGACAGGCUGUUGAACACUUUGGGGGAGCAGAUCAAGAUCCCGGCCUGGGGGGAAAAGGGCAUGUGGAGCUUGGUGGACGGCGGCGUGGAUCGGCAAUGCGGCCACGAGGAUUCCGGCGAGGCCCACUUUGACCGGGUCGACUACCCGCAGGUGCGCGCGCUGGAGAAGUGCCGCGCUUUGUGCGAGAAGAGCGCCGCCACCACUGGCUGCGCAGGUAUCAGCUAUAGCCAGGAGGAGGAGAUGUGCCAGAUCCAUGUGGAGCUGGUCCGCGCGAGCGUGGAGAUGACCGGGUACAUUUGCCUGCGCCACGAGGCUCCGACCACGACCACGCUGACGUCGACCAGCUCGACGAGGACCAGCUCUAGCAGUCUUACCACCACGCACACCACGAUGACCGCCACGAGUAGCACGGUCACCACCAAGCCGAGCCUCACGCAGCUUUGGAGCGAGGCGAAGGACGAGAACUGCUUCUUCGGCUUCGGCGGGGAGCGCCUGCCCAACGGCGAGGACUACGUGGGCCUCCGCUCCCUCGAGGAUUGUCUGCAGGAGUGCGAGAAGCAGGCUGCCUGUGAGGGCGCCUUGUACCAAUCCUUCGGUGAUGUGGGCAAUUGCUGGCUGAGGAGCAACGUGAGGCUCAAGCAGUGCGUGGCUUCGCCUGGGAUCAGCCUCUGGCACCCCUAA